AUGCCAGAGCCAGAAAUCUUUCUCAGCAUCACCGACCAGACUUUCGAUGUUGACCUGACCUUGUUCUUCCGGUAUCCGGACUUUGAGGAUGCGUUCGAAGCUGACGUGGUGAACAUCUCCGGCUCGUUGACCUUCGCCAAUCAGGUCAACUACGAGAAUUCCCCGGAUCCGAACGGCCGCUUCGUCAUCGCAACAUACUCGGGUCUUACGGCAUCUCCAGCGAUUCUCGAAAUACCAUCGACAUUUCGAGAGAUUUGUGCCUACACCAGCGACAAGAAGUCGCUGGUGUGCUCUCGCCUCGUUGAUGCCAGUCUUGACGACCGCGACUUGGGUUCUUUCGGGCCUUAUGCCUUCACCGAGACGUUCGCUUUUGUUUUUGCCAAUGUGAACGGUGUUUUCACCGCUGCGGAGAACGAUGAAGUUGCCUUUGUCGAGGGGCUGGUCCGACUCGGAAUCGCGGAGGCAGAGGCUGAGGCGUUCGCCGCUGUUUACCGGAGCGAGAACGGAGCCGAAAGCGGAGCCCUGGCUACGGCCAUGGCUUUAGUUGAAGGUCUCAGGGCAGCGACGGACAAGAAUCGACGCUUUACAGACCUGAUCCGCUUGGAGCAGGUUGAGUGCCGGGAGUUCCUGGACUGGACUACUUGUGUACCCUCCUUGCUUCGCUUUGCAAACCCUGGCCGCGGCUCCUUCCUUGGCAAGGUGGAGCAGGAAGGCGAGAACGAGACGAAGGAAGCGUUGGAUGCGGUGGCCGUGGGAAGCGCACGUCGGCAGGGAUGCCAUCUGCCCGAGCUCAGCCCAAGCGUUGCCAUACCCUCCUCGUGCAGUUGCGCUGCGGGGGAGUUCCCCAGCUUCCUGGACGCAGGCAGCUUCUCGCUGACGCUCACGGAGUUCCAGCGUUUCGAGACGCCGGGCGCAUGGAACGCAACUAACGCCACCGUGGAGCAGCAAACUGUCGAAGUCCAGGUCAAGAGCCAAAAGAACGAACAAGGCAAGUCUACGGUCGCUUCGUUCUGCUCCGGUUAUUUGACGCUUACGAACUGGUCUCCACGGCAGUCUGUGCCUACGCACGCAACCAAAGCUCCCUCGUGUGCGCCAAAUCAAGCUUGCUUUUGCAAGGAGUGGAAGUCAGGGCCAUGA